AUGUCGUCAAACAAGCGAAAGAGCAAGAAGGUGAACCUGCUGAAGGACCAAAUGUUCCUCACGAAAAAGUAUGUUGACAUGAACGACCCCAUAUACGACAGCGAAAUAGAAGAUGAAAAUUGCUUCUACACGGUGGUCAACGCGGAGGAAAUAGAAUACUCGCAGAAGGUAUCUGAGAUGAAAACCAAAAUGUUCGAGGAUAUGAAUAUUUUGUCAUUUGAAGAUUUCGAAAAAAAAUGCGACACGCUGAUUAACAACUUUUUUGUAAGCUACAAUUUUCAAGAGUUUAUCGAAGACUUAAAAGAAUUAAAUGUGAAGAAGUAUAACGACUUUUUAGUUUUGCAGCUGAUUAAAAAGUCGUUCGAUAAGGACGAUGAGUGCCAAAUUAAUGUGUCGUGUUUGCUAAAUGUAUUAAACAUCACCAAGUUGAUUAACCCCGAACAAGUGCAUAGAGCUUUUGAAAAAGUUUUGCUAAGCUUGGAUGACAUUAAGCUGGACUGCCCUUUGUGUUAUGAAAUUUUUUUAAAGUACGUUAGGUUUAGCACACUAGAUAAUGUGGUGGAUAGAGAUUACAUUUUGAAAUUGCCCACAGGCUUUUUUGACACGUUGGAUCUGGACAGCUGGGAUGAAAAAGAAUUGGCCUUACUGAACUCGAAGGAGUGUGAACACGCAGUGGAUAAGGAUCCGGAGCUCGCGCAGAAGAAGGAGGUGGAAGGCGUCGAUAAGGCGGGCUGCCCCAACGGGAUAGUCCCCACAAAUGGCACGCUAUCAAUAAAUGGGACAGUGUCAACAAACGGAGUGGCGUCCACCAAACUGGAUGAGAACCACAUGUACGCGCAGAACCUCGAAAAUGUAGAGGAGAAAAAGAAGGUGAAGGAUGAAAUGUGGAAGGACACCAUGCUGUGGGUACUGGACCUAAACAUGAAGCAAAUCCAGAAAGAAAAAAAAGAAUUCAAGCAAAAGUCAAGGGACUUUCUAGUGGAUUUCUUCAAUGAUGGAGACACAAAUGAGGUCAUCGAAUUUUUAAACAACACAAACAGAUUGUUUCAUUAUGAGUUCAUAAGGAUAAGUAUCAUAGAGUCCUUUAGUAAAAAUAAUAUAUGCCGAAAGUACAUCUCCUACUUGCUGGACAAUUUAUGCGAAACAUACUAUUUUAAAAAUGACAUUAUUAUAGCCUUCAUAAGAAUUAUAGGCUACAUUGACGACUACGAAAUUGACUUUCCACAAGCAAAGGAAAUGGUAUGUAAAUUUCUGCUCAGAUGUAUAUAUGACGAUGUACUUUAUCCAGCCUUUCUAAGUGAUAUAUACAAACUGCACAUUGGAGGCAUGACUGGCAUGAUGAUUUGCAACAAAACGCAACAACGAAUUCAUGACAAAAAAAAAUUGAACUUAAACAAUAUUAACUACAUAUGGGAUGAAGAUGAUACGUAUGAAAAAAUGAAAUUAAAAAGAAAAAUUAACAACACCUUAUUGGAGUACUUUUAUUCCUACAUAGAUGAGCAAGAAUUUUAUUUACACCUUGAUGAAUUUCUGCCCCUCUAUCAUGAUUUGUGCAAUUAUGUCGUUAAAAAGAUGUUCGUAUUGAACGUGGAUAUUAACAAUGACUUGAGUUUGUCGUUCAAAUUGGUCGAUUAUUUGAUGAGCAAAAAUUUUAUCACUGAAAAAAAUGUUGAGGGGGGAGUUAUGGAGGUCAUGAACUCGCUUAAGGACAUUAUGCUGGAUAUUCCAAAGUACCCGGAAGAAUUUCUUAAAAUUUUGAAUUACCUUCUUGAGAGGAAGUACAUUUCGCAGGGCACAUUUGACGGGGCCUCCAAGGAAAUCGCAGCGUUUAAUGUGUAG